GCCGCAAUGACUGUCAGAUACUCGAGGCUCAGUGUCACUGUAAACAGUCUGUGCUUGGCAAAAGCAUGAAUUCACUGCACACGAGAGUCUCCUGCUGAAGAACCGACUGCUUUCUGGAGGCAUGUGUAGUCCUCUGAGCAGCAAGCAGCAGCCGGCGGGUCCGGGUCUCACAGAUCUGCAGCUCUACAGUCAGUGGCUGGCCAGCAGACAUGAGGCCAGUCUGCUGCCCAUGAAGGAGGAUCUGGCGCUCUGGCUCUCCAGCAUGCUGGGUGUGGAGAUCUCAGCCGAGAGCUUCAUGGAGCGGCUGGAUAAUGGUUUUCUGUUGUGUCAGCUAGCAGAGACUCUUCAGGAGAAGUUCAGGGAAAACAGCUCAGACGUCACUUCACCAGGAAAGUCGAUCCCCUGUCGAAGGAUUCCCUGUCGAGCCAGCGCCGCAUCUGGCACCUUCUUCGCGCGGGACAACACCGCUAACUUUCUGUCAUGGUGUCGAGAGCUGGGCGUUGGAGAAACCUGUCUGUUUGAGUCCGACGGCCUCGUUUUACACAAACAGCAAAGAGAGGUUUGUCUGUGCCUGCUGGAGCUGGGAAGAAUAGCAGCCAGGUAUAAGGUAGAGCCACCGGGACUAAUAAAGCUGGAGAAAGAGAUCGAACAGGAAGAAGAGAAGUUACCCGAACCUCCGCUCUCACCUGUACCUCCUGCAUCCAAUUCACAAUCUCCACCCAUCUCUCCGUCCAUCUCUCCGUCCAUCUCUCCAUUCAACAAGAGCAACUCCAGCAGGAAAAGCACAGGCAAGCUCCUGGAUGAGGCUGUGAAGCACAUUUCUGAAGAUCCUCCCUGUAAGUGUCCCAAUAAGUUCUGCAUAGAGCGACAGUCGCAGGGACGAUAUCGUGUUGGAGAGAAAAUGCUUUUCAUCAGAAUGCUGCACAAUAAACACGUGAUGGUGCGUGUUGGUGGAGGCUGGGAGACGUUCGAGAGCUACCUGCUGAAGCACGACCCAUGCCGCAUGCUCCAGAUCUCUCGAGUGGAAGGCAAGAUCUCGCCAAUCUCCGGCAAAUCUCCCAAUAUUAAAGACCUGGCGCCCGACAGCUACCUGGUAGUGGCAGCCCACUACAAAAGCAAGAAGUAAAGAGGAAAUGUACUGAGGAGACGGUGACUGAAGUCAGCACCACUGUAGGUGCCGCAAAGAAUCUCAGUGGCUUCUAGAACUAAUAGCGUUUAGGAGAAAAUCAUAACACUACAAUGUGUGUAGAUGGGCUAGUUUGACAAUAAUGUAUACCCUGCUGAAAAAAACAGCUUAAACCAGCCUAGGAUGGUUGGCUGGUUUUAGCUGGUCGACCAGCCUGGUUUUAGAGGGGUUUUGGCCAUUUCCAGGCUGGUUUCAAGCCAUUUCCAGCCUGGGCCUAGCUGGUCAGGCUGGGAGCCCAGGCAAAACCAGCAAUGUCCAGCUUAAACCAGGCUGGUCAAGCUGGACUUAGAUGGUUUUAGCUGGUCAUUUUUUUAGCCUGACCAGCUAAGACCAGGCUGGAAAUGGCCAAAACCCCUCUAAAACCAGGCUGGUCGACCAGCUAAAACCAGCCAACCAGCCUAGGCUGGUUUAAGCUGGAUUUUUCAGCAGGGUAACAAUGAAACUGGAACUGGAAUCCAGAAGUAAGGAUGUUUGUAUUUGCAUUUGUCUCAAUGUCUUUUGUUUAGCCUUAUACAUUCAGUCUUAACUUUACGGAAUGAAAUCGCUGGAAGAAUUCGAGUAUUUCACUUGUACCCUGGUGGCUAUUCCUAUUAGUGUUAUACUAACAAUAUUACUGGUCUGUUUUUAUUCUGGAGCUUAUGUUUUUUCUGACAUUUAUUAUAUUUUACUGUGAUGGCCUUGCUCUUUUGGAAAAUGGAAACUUUUCAGCCAAUCAUGUGGCUGAAAAUACCCAAAAUGGACAUGAUUAGGAGAUCCAGGUGUUGUUCAUCCAAACAGACAUUGGGUCACAACAGCGUGAGGCAGGACAACACUUCUAAAUGCACACUUGAAGUCAUUGAAGAAGAGGAACUUCAAACGUGAGUUCACCUUUGGUGUGAGAUUUAUAGCAUGAGUGUACAACUAAUAUUAUGACUUGUUAACAAGAACCAAAAAGGCUAAACAACCUGGACCAUCACCACAUUACAAUAUGUCACUGUUCAUACUCAGACUUUGCACAACUUGUCAAUGUAGUUUGUUUAAUGAGUAAAAAUGAGCAGUAGCUCUUCUAGAAAAUAACAGGAGAAACACUCUGAUCCAACCAGACCAGAGAAAAUGUGCUCUGCCAAUGUUCAUGGUUCCUAGAACUAUUGGUGAAGUAGCCACUGUUUAUUUUGUUCUCAACUUGGAAUGGUUUUAUUUGUAGGAACAUUUUUUGGGGAGCUGAUUUAGCUCCUAGUGUCCGGGUAAGGUCUGUCCCAGGGGUGUCAUACUCAUGCUCUGCGCAGUUUAGUUCCAACACUGAUUAAACACACCUGACCAAUCUAAUAUAGUCCUUCGGGCUUGUUAGAAACCUGCAGGUAAGUGUGUUGAAGCAGGUUUGGAUCUAAAUGGUGCAGGGAUAUGGUUUGAAACCCCUGGUCUAACCCAACAUAAUAGGAACUACACAAUGUCACCUCACAGCAAUUUCUUAUAUCUAAAAUGUUCUUAUAUCUAAAAUAGCUCCUAUUUCAGAGUGUAACCCAACACAAUAGGAACUACCCAAUGUAACUAAACAGCAAUUCAUUGUUUUUAAUUUUAUUAGGAGGCUAAUUCAUAUGGGUUACAUUCUACUCUGACAAAGGAGCUAAAUAAUUCUUAUGAAUAGCUCUUAUUUCAGAAUGUAACCCAACACAAUAAGAAUUACCCAACAUCUCACAGCAGUUCUUAAUUUUUAUAUAUUAUUUAGUGGCUAAUUCAAAUUGUGUUGGGUUGACUUGAGAUAGAACCCAUUCAAAAGACGUUCCUAUAACUAAAAUAGCUCCCAUUCUAACCCAAGUCUAACCCAACACAAUAGGAACUAUCCAAUGUUACUUAACAGUAAUUUGUUUGUUUUUUAUUUACUGGCUAAUUCAUAUCGUGUUGGGUUAGAUUCUACUCUGACACGUGAGCUAAUAAUUUAACCCAAUAUCCGUUCCUAUAACUAAAAUAGCUCCACUUUCUGAGUCUAACCCAACACAAUAGGAACUAUCCAAUGUUACUUAACAGUAAUUUGUUUUGUUUUUUAUUUACUGGCUAAUUCAUAUCGUGUUGGGUUAGAUUCUACUCUGACACAUGAGCUAAUAAUUUAACCCAAUAUCUGUUCCUAUAACUAAAAUAGCUCCACUUUCUGAGUCUAACCCAACACAAUAGGAACUAUCUAAUGUCACUUAACAGUAAUUUGUUUUGUUUCUAAUUUAGUGGCUAAUUCAUAUUGUGUUGGGUUAGAUUCUACUCUGACAUGUGCGCUAAUAAUUUAACCCAAUAUCUGUUCCUAUAACUAAAAUAGCUCCGAUUUCAGAGUCUAACCCAACACAAUAGGAACUAUCCAAUGUCACUUAACAGUAAUUUGUUUUGUUUUUUUAUUUAGUAGCUAAUUCAUAUUGUGUUGGGUUAGAUUCUACUCUGACAUGUGCGCUAAUAAUUUACCCCAAUAUCUGUUCCUAUAACUAAAAUAGCUCCAAUGUCAGAGUCUAACCCAAUACAAUAAGAACUACCCAACACCAUCCCACAGCAAUUCAUAAUAAUAAUAAAACAAGAUUAUUUAGUGGCUAAUUCAAAUUGUGUUGGGUUGACUACUCUGACAUAGUUCCUCCAAAAACAUUCUUAUAACACAAAUAGCUCCUAUUUAAGAGUUUAAUCCAACACAAUAGGAACUAUCCAAUGCCACUCAACAACCAAUUCAUUUUUUAUGUUACGUCUAAUUCACAUGUUGUUGGGUUAGACUCUACUCUGACAUUUAAGCUAAUUAUUUACCCCAAAAUCUAUUCCUAUAACUAAAAUAGCUCCUAUUUAAGAGUGUAACCCGACUCAAUAGGAACUAUCCAAUGUCACUUAACAGCCAUUUGUAGUUUGAUUUUAACGUAGUGGCUAAAUCAUAUUAUGUUGGGUUAGACUCUACUCUGACAUAUGAGCCAAUUAUAUUCCCCAAAAUGUGUUCCUAUAACUAAAAUCCUCCUAUUUAAAAGCUCCUAUUUCAGAGUCUAUCUAUACACAAUGGGAACUACGCAAUCCCAUCUCACAGCAAUUUGCUAUUUAAAAAAAAGGUAAAAUCUAGUUCAUAUUGUUUUGUUUCCUAUUUCAGAGUCUUGCCCAACACAAUAGGAAGUAGGAACAAUCUCAUUUUUGACAUUUUCACAAGGUCUGUUCACACCCACAGGAACGUUUAGGGGUGGGGUGGGCUUUUUUUUAUGUGUCAAGUGACAUUGUAUAAUUUUGUGCAAAUAAAUGACCUUUGUUUGUUGA